CAUUGCUCGAUUAUGAAUUUGUUGCACAUUUAACGUCAGCAGACCUACCUGUCUGGCAUUUACAGUGAGUCAGGAUAUGUGACGACUAUGUUUAGCAAUCAGGGCAUCCAACCAGUCACGGUUGUUUUUAACAACACAAAAAACUGCUUUCUUCACCUCCCCUCCAAGUUGAUUUCACAUCUCUCCCUGAACGAGAAUCAGGCUUUGGAGUUGUCCUGGGGUCAUGGAUCUCCAGUGUUCCUCAGCUGGACUCAAAACAGAACCUCCUCUAGCCUCGACAGCCAUCAAGUGGAGUUGUGUCGACAACUGGGAGAGAAGCUGGGCCUCAAAGAUGGAGAACAGGGCUUCCUGAGACCAUGUCAUCAGGUCUCAUCAGUGCAUCAAGUGUUUGUGGAGCCUGUGUCGACUGAUGACUGGGAGAUCUUGGAGCUCCACAGCGCUGCACUGGAGCAGCAGUUGUUGGAUCAGAUCAGAGUAGUGUUCCAAGAUGCCGUGUUUCCUGUGUGGGUGGACAGCCACACAGCCAUCUACAUUCAAAUAGUAUCACUUUCACCUUCUGUGCCCUAUGGUCGGCUGGAGCAGUUCACAGAACUGAUUGUCUCUCCUAAGAGCCGAGCUGGAAUUGGCAACCUCAGUGGUUCUCUGGUGAGAACCAGUCAGAACCAGCGUCCUCAUAGCGGGCCAAACCUGUCCGACGCCGUAGGAUCAUCAUUAGAAAGUACCUCCUCUGUCCCUCAAAGUCACCAGUGGGGUGGCAUAGCUGACCUGAAGAGCCUGUUACGCUACAUGAUAACUGGUACUCAUAACCCGGUUAAAGAGCUACCUCCUGUACCCGAAAUCCCUGCCCUCCUCACUGACUCUGUCUACAGAGUAUGUGGCGCACCUCCUGACUCUCUUUGCACCGUAAGCCACUUUGCAACUGGUGUUAUUCAUUUAUUUUCCUGGAGCCACGGAUUAAAUGGAAGUCAGUCUCCAGUGACAUAUGGUCUGAUCUCCAAAGUUCCCUCACCUAAAGAAGUGAGGGACAGAGUCAAGCAGGCUAUGGAGAAAAAGAAGAAUGCAGGAGUUUCUAAAGUUGCUGCAACUGCGAGUGGGGGAGAGGAGAUGAAAGAAGAACAAACCACAGUGGUGAGGGUGGUGUGCCAUGGCAUUGAUAAGCUGGCAAGCAAGCAUAGUCCAAGUCCAAGUAAGGGAGCGAUCCAUUGUGGUGCAGUAUGGAUCCCACAGCCCCUUGCGAUCAGGUUGAAUAUUAUCCCUCAUUCAGCAGUAAGAAUUAAGCCAGUCAAAUCAACUAUCAAAGUAGCUUCCACUAUUCGCCUGCAGCCUCUAAAACCACUGCCUGAGGAGGACGAUGAGGCGAUCCAGACAGCAUUCCUGGGUUGGUUGCACACUCGAAGUCAUGAACCUUUAGCCUGUGUGACCGCACGGUUUGGCACCAUCCUCCUACAUGGAACCGAUGCAAAGUUAGAGUUUGCUUUAACUGUGCUGAAACCAGAACCUGAGAGUGAUCAUCCAGACCAGCUGUUUCUACUAGCAUUAUCUGUUAUACAGAAGGAAAAUAUACAGGUAGACAGAGAGCCAGUAAUCAUGCCAGCUGUAAAAACUGCAGCUGAAGCACCUAAUCCAGAGCUUCCCUCUCUCAGUAUUCUUGGUGGGAUCAAUGAGCUUAGCAACACUGGAUUUGAGUUCAUCUCUCACAGCCUUCUGGGUAGUCCCCUAUCAAGGGAGCUGGGUACCACUGGACAGGGACUCCAAGGUGGAGCACUACUCAUCACUGGUGGAAAGGGAAGUGGAAAGAGCAGUCUAUCCCGAGCCCUGUGUAGGAAAGCUAGAGAAGAUCUUGAUGCACAUGUGGAAGUGGUAGACUGCAAAAAGCUACAAGGCAAAAGGGCAGAAACUGUGAGACAGAUGUUACAGGAUAUUUUUGAACAGGCGGAGUGGAAGCAGCCCUCUGUUGUUCUCCUUGAUGAUCUGGAUCAUAUGACGGGGGCACAGACCUCACCGGAGCAUGAGCAUGGCCCUGAGGCGCUGGUUCAACAGCACAUUGCACAGAGUUUGAAGGAUGUGGUGGAUGAGAUGGUAGUUCACUGCAGCCUGGUGUGUCUCAUCAUCACCAGCCAGAGCGAGCACUCCCUCCACACCUCAUUGACUGAGGUGCAGGGGUCCCACUUCGUGCAGGGCUUUGUACACAUCCAGCCACCAGACAAGGCACAGAGAGCAGAGAUCCUGCACUGUCUGAUCCUCAGAAAGUCCAGGCUAUCGGAGGAGAGCUUACAGACUCUUGACCUGGGAGUUGUUGCCAAGGAGACGGAAGGAUACACGCCUCAAGACCUAGCGCUACUGCUGGAGCGAGCUGUCCAUGCCAACACUGUACAAAGAGGGCAAGGUGAACAAGAUGUGUGUCUGUCAUGGAGGGACUUUGCACAGGCUCUCAAGGGGUUUACACCUCCCUCUCUAUGGGGGGCAGACCUCCACACCCCAAGUGGACUUGGGCUUGAGAGAGUGGGAGGGCUGAGAGAAGUGCGACAGCAGCUAAUGGACACCAUAAUGCUCCCUGCUAAGUAUCCAAUCCUGUUUGCCAAUCUUCCAAUUCGCCAUCGCUCAGGAGUCCUGCUGUAUGGAGCUCCGGGCACAGGGAAGACCCUGCUAGCCAGGGCUGUGGCCAAAGACAGUGGUAUGAACUACAUCAGCAUCAAGGGACCUGAACUUCUGAGUAAGUACAUUGGAGCCAGUGAGCAGGGAGUCCGUGAUGUCUUUCAGAGAGCACAGGCUGCUAAGCCAUGCAUCCUGUUCUUCGAUGAGUUUGACUCUCUGGCCCCCAGGAGGGGUCACGACAAUACAGGUGUGACAGACCGUGUGGUCAAUCAGCUUCUCACCCAGCUGGAUGGUGUGGAGGGACUGCAAGGUGUGUAUGUGCUUGCAGCCACCAGUCGUCCUGAUCUGAUUGAUCCGGCACUGCUGAGACCUGGACGACUGGACAAGUCUCUCUACUGCCCUCCCCCUGAUCUGGAGGCCCGUGCAGAGAUUCUGAAGGCUUUGAGCAUUGGUGUCCCGCUGGCUGGUGAUGUGGACCUGCAACAGCUGGCAGCAGCGACAGAGCAGUUUACAGGGGCAGACCUGAAGGCCCUGCUCUACAAUGCCCAGCUGGAGGCUGUCAACAACAGCUUGGGCAACAGCACACCGCAUGAGCUGACGUCUGGCUCAGACAGUGACAUGAGUCUGUCCUCCAUGAUGUUCCCGAACCACAGCAGUGGCUCAGAUGACUCAGUGGGAGAAGGGGACCCAGAUGUAGGUCUGGAUCAGUCCAUUGUUCUCCAUGAGCACAGUGAGCUCCAAGCAGACGAUGAACACCACUGCGGCAAUGUCUGGAGACUCUACUUUGGAAGUUCCUACGAGUCAGAGUUGGGGAAUUCGCCAAUUUCUGGAUUGAACUCUCAUUGUGUCUCUGGACCCAACUCAAUGAUUCAUGACUUCACAGGAGUAUCGGUCCGUGACCCUGGUAGCUCACUGCCCCCUGCCUAUAUGUCCUCCCUUCAGAGUGGGUAUGAAGAGCUCGGCCCAGAGCAGCUGGAGCGCCUCCAACAAGACAUCAAUAACAUCAAGAACAACUCCAGGAGAGCCAACGAGGAGUGUGUCCGGGUGCAUUCAGCCUCCAGCCAGCUGGGUCUGCUGCUGUGUCCAGCUCAUUUGAACUCUGCCUUGGCAGUGACCAGACCAUCUCUGAGCAAAGCCGACUGGAACAAAUACACAAAACUGUAUGAAGCCUUUGGAGGUCUAGAAGAUGGAAAAUAUAUUCAGUCAGUCACAUUUAAACCGGGACAACGUGUGACUUUAGCUUGAUCACACACGCUAUUCAGCUUUCUUUGUUUUUAUGAAUAAAGAUGGCAGUGCAUUGAUAAUUUAGCAAUCAGUGAAGUUUAACAGUUCCAAAGCUUUGAAGACAAUGUAAUUUAAUAUAAUUUAUGUGAUGCUUUUAUAAAUAAUGUUUCCUACUGACUUGUUAACCAAUGACACAUUUAAUUUCUUAAAUGUGAUUUCUGUAAAUAUGUAUGAUGUCAGAGUAUAAAUUAUGUAAUUGUUUGAAAUAUAAAAAGAAAUCUCUACACUUAUCUUGCCUGCGUUAUGUUAUUAACUGCAUUAUAUUUUGUUUGCCACCACUAAUUGGAGACACAAAUUA